AGCCAACCGUAGUGGCGCUAGUGAGCAACCAGGAAGAACAAGACCAGGAAAUGAGCUUCAAAAACGAAGUCUGGCUUUGGCCGCUUGGGUGCUACUGUUCCGUUGGACGACUGCACCAGGCAUAGUGCUUCUUCUGACAGCACCAUUUUAGAAGUCAGGACUUCCCACAGCACAGGAGCAAACAACGCCUGCUUCCGUCUUUCUGGACAUCACCCUUAUGCCAUUCCCGUCACCGGCUAACUAAAAGCGAGGUCAACAUGGCAACCAGGUGGGGAAUAUGCGGCGCCGGGAAGAUCUGCCACGACUUCACCGUGGCUCUGAAGACGCUUCCGGCUGGAAAUCAUAAGAUUGUGGCUGUGGCUGCCCGCAUUCUACAGAACGCGGAGGAAUUCGCCAAAAAGCACAACAUCCCUAAAGCGUACGGGAGCUACGAGGAGCUAGCAAAGGACCCGGAGAUAGACGUGGUCUACCUGGGCGUUCUGCACACGCAGCACCUGCGGGUCGGCCUGCUCUUCCUCCGCGCCGGGAGAAACGUGCUGUGCGAGAAGCCCUUCGCCAUGAACUCCCGGGAGGUGAAGCAACUCAUCGCCAGCGCCAGAGAGAACAACGUUUUCCUGAUGGAGGGCAUUUGGUCGCGGUGCUUUCCCGUUCACGUUGAGGUGUGCCGCUUGCUGGCCGAGGACACGGUGGGCGAGGUGAAGAUGGUGAAGGCCUACUUCGGCUCUCCCCAGCUCCACAUACCCCGAUCGGUGGAGAAGGAGCUGGGAGGGGGGGCCCUGCUGGACAUUGGGGUCUACUGCCUGCAGUUUGUGCUGAUGGUGUACAGGGGCGAGAGGCCGGAGUCCGUACACGCCACCGGCGUCCGUUUGGAAACAGGAGUCGACGAAUCCAUGGUGGUUGUUUUAAAAUUUUCCCGGAACAGAAUGGCCAUCUGUGGCUUUUCCAUCGCUGUAGCCAUGCCCAAUGACGCAACCAUCUGUGGCACCAAAGGAACGAUUACGGUCCCCUUUCCCAUGUGGUGCCCAACCCGCCUGGUGGUGAAUGGGCAGGAGUCACAGUACCCGCUUCCGGAACCGUCUAUGCCCCUGCAUUACACCAACAGCACUGGACUGCGCUACGAGGCAGAGGAAGUGAGGCAGUGCCUUCUCAAAGGGCUUAAAGAGAGCUCUCAGAUGUCACUGGAGGAGUCAUCCCUCUUGACUGAGAUCAUGGACGAAGCCAGGCAUCAGGUCGGGGUGGUGUUCCCCCAAGAUGGCGAGUGACCCCCUCUCCACGCCUCAGUGGCUCCUGUGCCGUAAAGAGAGGUCCUGACUUGGGACAGCGACACAGCCGAACUCCACUGCCUCACCCAGGAAGCCCCUGACUGCUCUGUAAAGCACAAUUCAGCAAACGUCAUCCGCUGUUAAAUCUGAAACUGAAGGCUCAGCCCUGAAAGCUCAAUAAAGAGUCAUGAUCAUGAAGUGUG